AUGGGGAGGAGGAAUUUACGAGUCAACGAUUUUACACUUCUUUCACCUUACCAGAUACCAGAUCCCUUAGUCAUGAUCAUAGAUACAACAAAGAUACCAGAUCCCUUAGUCAUUAUCAUAGAUACAACAAUGAUACCAGAUCCCUUAGUCAUGAUCAUAGAUACAACAAAGAUACCAGAUCCCUUAGUCAUGAUCAUAGAUACAACAAAGAUACCAGAUCCUUUAGUCAUGAUCAUAGAUACAACAAAGAUACCAGAUCCCUUAGUCGUGAUCAUAGAUACAACAAAGAUACCAGAUCCCUUAGUCGUGAUCAUAGAUACAACAAAGAUACCAGAUCCCUUAGUCAUGAUCAUAGAUACAACAAAGAUACCAGAUCCCUUAGUCAUGAUCAUAGAUACAACAAAGAUACCUGAUCAUUUAGUCAUGAUCAUAGAUACAACAAAGAUACUAGAUCCCUUAGUCAUUAUCAUAGAUACAACAAAGAUACCAGAUCCUUUAGUCGUGAUCAUAGAUACAACAAAGAUACCAGAUCCCUUAGUCAUGAUCAUAGAUGCAACAAAGAUACCUGAUCAUUUAGUCAUGAUCAUAGAUACAACAAAGAUACCAGAUCCCUUAGUCAUUAUCAUAGAUACAACAAAGAUACCAGAUCCUUUAGUCGUGAUCAUAGAUACGCUUAGAAUUAUUCAAAUCUGGAUAGAAGCAUUUAUAGUUUUUCAUAUGGACAUUCACAUAAAUGACCCAUUUGAGAUCUUGCCUACAAGAAGACCUUCGAUCUCAUAUUUUCUGUUGAACUCUUGGGCUCUCCUUUAG